GCAACGAUAUUAUUUUAUCAGUCUCUUGGUUUUUAUUGUAGUUAAUAGGAAAUUAUUUAUUAUUUACCUAGUUGUAAAGCUUUAGAUGUUCAAAUUUCAAUUUCUUCUUGGCCUUGUUGACUUAAAAUAUUAUUAUUUUAUUUUUUUUAUCUUCAUCUAACGUCAUGACAUCUGGUCAAACGCCAUCUACUGAUGAAUUUCAUGUUUCCUGAGAGUGGUCAGCUGUGAGCUUUCUCGAGAAAAAGAAGAUUGGCAGAGAAAACACAGGAGGGACGUCGGGAGCUUUCAGAAACACAUGUUUGGACUAUGCACAUGCUAAAAGAACAACAACCCAAAUUUUAACAGAAUUUAUCAGAAAUAACAACACAUCGCAGCAUAAUGUAGUUCUGACUGGCUUCCUCCAUGCAACAUCUUCGGUUGGCUGAUUUCAUUGGCUGGCUAUAGACUGAAGGACCAAUGGAUCAGGUCAUGGAGGAUCUAAACCUCUCCUAUCUGCUGGAACAUGAGAGAGAAAUGAUCCUGAAGGUGCUGCAGAAAGACGAGAAACUGAGGAAACGAGAGGAGAAGAGGAUACGGAAGCUAAAGAAUGAGUUGCUGGAGAUCAGACGUAAAGGUUCCCGUCGACCUCAGGAGUCGGGGGACCGACAGUGCGCUCGCUGCACUAAGACUUUGGGCCUGAUCUUUGACCGCGGAGAACUCUGUGAGGAGUGUGAGCUGCGUGUCUGCAGUGACUGCCGCGUUACAACUCCCAAGAGACGUCAAUGGAAGUGUAACGUUUGUGCCAAGAUCUCGGAGCUGAAGGUUGUGACAGGAGAGUGGUUCCUGGAGGAGAGGUCCAAGCGCUUUGAGCAGAAAGUGCCAAGCAGUGACGUGGUUAAACAGACAAUAAUAAGCAGCCCACCAACCUUAGACAAAAGGUCUACAGAGAACUUGUCAGUCGCUUCUGAGCCAGAGAGACUCGACGCCCCAAAACCCAACAAAAGCGCAAUACACAAUGUUGUGGACGGCAUAAGAAAGAAAGGAAGGAUGAAGAUGGAUAAAAAAGGCAGCAGGUCCACUUUGAAGCCAGAGAACGGCGUCGACAACAUCAGUGUCAAAUCGGAUGGAGAAGCUCAGAGUGUGAAAAGCGUUCACUCUCGUCCGAGUCCACGUUCAAACAGGGGCGAUGCAGUGGCUUUGGAGUCUUCAGGGAUGCCGACUGUACCCAACAACCUACGUUCCCAAACUCUGGACAGAUCCUCCGCUCCCAGCGACAACCGGAGGGUCAGGCCUGAUGGAGCAGAAAGCGUCGCCAGUUUACACUCCAGCGAUAGCGAGAAGAAAGCUGCCACCCAACAAAGGAAGAAUUCUGGCACUCCAACCAUUUCUGUGUCCAGGGCCUCAAUCUCUUCAGAUCACAGCCGCUCAGAGAUGGACCUGUCAGCUCCUGGUUCUGAACCCAGUGAUGACGCCUUUAGUCUGAGAAGCCGCUCAGUCCCUGGGCUCAACGAAACAGAGUUUUCUGAUGAGGAUGCGGAAGAAGACAUCGAUGCCCUGAUGUCAGCCCACAGCCAGACUGCCAGCCGGCGUCUCAGUGUUGCAGUGUCAACGAGUAGUAUAAACAGCAUGAUGAGCAUGUACAGUGAGACUGGUGACUAUGGCAACGCCAGGGUGAGCGGUGAGAUCCUGCUUAACAUCAGCUAUAGCUACAAAACGGGUGCUCUCAAUGUGCUGGUGAAAGAGUGUCACAACCUGGCAACAGGAGAUGAGAGGAGGCAACGCACAGAUGCAUAUGUGAAGACUUACCUGCUCCCUGAUACAUCAAGACAAAGCAAGAGGAAGACGAGCAUCAAAUCCAACACCAUUAACCCUGUUUUCAACGAGAAUCUGAGGUACGUGAUCAGCCACUCGCAGCUGGAGACACGAACUCUGCAAGUCUCUGUGUGGCACCACGACCGAUUUGGACACAACAGCUUCCUGGGGGAAGUGGAGCUGACAUUUGACUCCUGGGAGUUUGAUUCACAGAUGGAGGAGUGGUAUGCUCUACAGCCCAAGCUGGAGAGCAGUAUUGAUUCCACAAUGCAGUACAAAGGAGAACUGACUGUCGUGUUGAAGUAUAUACCUGCCGAGAAGAACCUCACACUGCCGCUGGACCAAGUACAAGUGAAGAAAGGGUUCCUGAAGAGCAAGAAGACGAGCAGCUUCACGCUGCCUAAAGGGGGCAUGGUUGAGCUGUUAGUCAAAGGAGCCAAAAAUUUAACCGCUGUCAAGUCUGGAGGCACUUCUGACUCUUUUGUUAAAGGAUACCUGCUCCCUGACACCAACAAGUCAACCAAGCACAAGACGGCAGUGGAGCGACGCACAGUGAAUCCACAGUGGAACCACACCUUCACGUACUGUGGCCUGCAGCCAGGAGACCUCAACAAUGUCUGCCUGGAGCUCACUGUAUGGGAUAAGGAAGCUCUGGCCAGCAAUGUGUUCCUGGGAGGAGUCAGGCUAGGAGCUGGCACAGGCAAAAGUUACGGGAACGAGGUAGACUGGAUGGACUCAUACGGAGAGGAACAGCGACUGUGGCAACACAUGAUCGAAAACCCAGAAGUCCCUCAUGAGUGUACUCUGAUGCUGCGAUCCAGCAUGCGCAGAUGCAAUACAUGAGCCGGGCUGAAGCACAGAGAGAAUAAAAGAGAAAAACAGAAGAAGAGAAAAAGUGAAGGUGUGACGAGAGCUGGAGAACGGUGGAACGGUCAAGAGAAGCAACACAGCAGAGGGUCCAGGACUCAAACGACUGUCCCUUUCCCUUGUUCUUUCACCUGAGAUGCUCUGUUUAGAUUCCUUCUCCUGUCCAGAACAGCCAGUCAUGCCUUACACACUCAUCAAUAUGUGCCCCUCUGCCCUCCAAAGCAUCUAGUCUUGACUAAGCACUGCUGUUUACUGCUGUAUAUGAAAGACAUGUGUUGUAUGUAACUUACCGUACCUACUGAAAAAGCACACGGUGUGACUCCUGAUGUGUAUGUCCAUGUCUCUGUGAUCCAUGUACCAGAGUAAUUUCUGCAUGUAGUUACAGCAACAGAGACCAUUUGUAAGGCAUUAGAUGAGAUACUGAUCAAUAACAUAGAGACUUAGACAUUCCCUUUAUGAGCAACCAAGCUCCAUCCUGGUCUGAAGCACACAAUGAGACAGAUUCAUCCCCCUUGUGAACAGUUGUGUACAGAGGUGGAAGGAGACCGAUGCUAGUUCUACUGCCCUACUGAAGUAGUGCUCUUACUUGACUAUUAUUAUUGAAGCAGAAUGACAAUUAUUUGUGAGGAAAACUACCAAGUACAAAUACAAUAGAUGCACUUUUGAGUAGUCACAUGAUGUAUGGUCACUGCAAAAGGCCCAUUUUAGCAUACCUUUCCAACACCAAUUCCCAGAAUGCUCUCCAAAGUGAUGACCAUCUGUUAUUUAUGUUUUCCCUCUGAUCACUUUAUGAAAGAAAAGAUCAUCAAAGAAAAAUCCAACUUUGAUUACCCUGUUAGUCUUGUGUUUCAAAAAGGAGUUGAAUGCAGGAUUUUAACAUAAAUCUCACAGGGUUAAAGUUGAUAUAUUUAUUUUUUUUUAUUCUGCUGCAAUGAUCAUGGCAGAAAAUCAACGGUUGAUUGUUCCAGAGCUCAAGGUGACGUCUCGAAAGAUACUCAAUAAAAAGCAGCAAAUCCUCACUUUGGAGAAGCUGCACCCAUAAAAUAUUUGGUAUUUUUAGCAGCUGUAACGUUGGCAAUGUCUCUCUGUCAUUCACUAGUCCACCACUUUAUUCCAGACUGUAAUAUCUCAACAAAUAUUGGAGGGAUUGCCAUGAAAUUUGGUACAACCAUUCAUGUUCCCCAGAGGAUGAAUCCUACUGAUUUUGGUGGUUGACAUUUAUGGUUUUGGGUGAAAUGUCUUAACAAAUCAAAUGGAUUGACAUAAAAUUCAUUACAGACAUUCACCCUUCGGAUGUCUCCUCAGGAUGAAUUGUAAAGCCCUGAUCCCCUGAAUUUUCCAAUAGAGCCAUCAACAGGACAAAAUGUGAACCUUUUGGUUCAUGAUGAAAAACUUAAAUACUAAAUACUUACAGUAUAUACUUAAUAGAAAACAAAUGACAUUCUGCUCAACCCCAAGCUACAAUUUGUUUCGUAAUAAGAUGUUAGCAAAUAGUAUACCUGCUAAACAUCAAGUGUUAGCAUUGUCAUUUUGAGCAUGUUAGCAUGAUGAUGUUAGCGUUUAACUCAAAGCACCACUGUGCCAAAGCACAACCUCACAGAGCUGCUAGCAUGGCUGUAGUCUAUUUUCUGUUGAUUGAUUAAUUGGUUAAUUGUUUUAGCACAACAACAAAAAUACAGGUUAUUGAAAAAUAACAGUAAUAGAUGUACUUAAAGCUUGGUACUUUCCAACCUGUCCAGGCUGAUUGUCUAAAAAAAUAUCUGGCACAAGAUCUAGACUUUUUACAUUGAUUAUUGGGUUAAUUGUUUCAGCACAACAAAAAAUACAAGUUCCUGGAAAAUGUACUUACAGUAACAAAUGUACUUAGGGCUGUUUACUUUCCACCCAUGCUUGUCUAAGAAAUCUCUGGCACAAAGUGUAGACAGAUUACAUAAUACUUUAACUAGCUCUGCUGUAAAUUUACAUAACACUGUAUCAGUGUGAUAAGUAAACUGCAUGGUAUUAGAAGAAACAGAGGUAGAAGAACAAAAAAAAGUAAGUAAAGCACUGAUAAUGACAUCGCUCUACACUCAGAAGAGGAAGUGUGGUUUUAGGUGUGUUCCCAGGAUCCCUGAAAUGGGGGCUAUGUGUUACAGAGUGAGUCAGCACUGAGGCGAGCUGCCUUCAUCUCGGGAGGGGUGAGGGGUGUGGUGUUGGUGGUGGGCACUGAUAAUGAGUCAAUGACAAGUCACCUUGUCCCUGACGCUCGGGGCUUAGCGGUCCACCAGCCUGUGAUGAAUUACGCAGUUCACAAAAACGAUUCUCAAGUUAAACCCUGUAAAAUCAUUUUUCAUGUGGAAUGCCAAUUUUGUUUGCUUGUCCUUGGCAAACCCUCAGCUCUGACCUCCCAGAGGAAAACGGUUUCACACUGCACAAUUAUAGUAAUAAUACAUUGUGUUCACUGUACAACAUACUUUAGAUUACAGGCUUGUGCAAUACCCAAUUACUGAAAAAACUCUUUAUGUACAGCAUGUAUUAUAUCUGUUGUGUCUGGUUUCCAAGCAUCACACUCACUGUAUUCAAGCUUACUUUGUCCCAUAUGUGUUACAGGACUAUUUUGAAAUAAAAACAUCUUUCCAUA